AGACUGGGACAUUUCUAUUGUUUAAUGUGUUAUUGUAAUUGUUUCAUUGCUGUUUUGAUAGUUUUUUCCCAAGGAAUGUGCACAGUUCCACCUGGAGGCCAUAUUCAAAUUUAAAAUGUUGUCAAAAGUCAUGUGUGCAACCUUUUGUACCCCCCAAGUUAUUGAUAUCUAAAGGGAGUGUGAGAAAUUCACAAAAGGCUAACAACUUACACAGUUAGUUGUCCUCAUAACUGCUGCAGCCGUUAAUGUCAAUUUGAUUUACUUGGAAUACAUUCUUUAUAUUUGGUGUGUUUUUUAUUUUUUAAACAGCAGUACCAUGUGUGUCCAAAUGUCCUUCUGGACAAUACAGUCUAUGUUAUGUUAUUGUAUUGUAUCUAAUUGUACCAUAUAACGGCUAUUAUUACGUCCAGAUUAAGUCCAAAAUGAUGUAUAUAUGUAUAUAUAGUUCCAAUUCCAAUUUGGGACGUCCUGUUUAAAACGCUUCCCGUAAAUACACGUGACCUCCCGAUGUUAACCUCUGCUCCCACUGGCGCUGAAGCCCCGCCUACUUUAUUUACCCGCCUUAUUGCAAGCCGGAUUCAGCCAAUCGGAGGGACUGGCAGUGAUUGACAGUCGGGCUGUCGAAUCAGCUCGCGCUCCUGGCGUGACUUCCUGACAAACCCACCGAGACUCCCGGUUCACGGACCCGCUCCAGCUGCCUGAGCGCAGUAGCAGCGACCCGCCGAGACUACCGGGAAGAUCGGGUCGCAGGAGCCGUCCAUUUUUCUUUAACCCCCCUCCCCCCCACCCUCUCCCUCUUGAACGGACGGUGUCGCGUCCCGGCGAGCCUCCAUGGACACACCGGGCGUAGACAGCCGGGUUACCGGGGCUGCCGCCGGGGCAGAGCUUCGGUGGAUGGGCGGCCGGCUCCUGGACGCCACGGGGGGGUUCGUCGGGUCUCUGUCGCCGAGGAUGCCCGGGGAGCAGGACUUUUCCCCGGCGUUGCAUCGACUGACUCCCCCGGAGAACUCGACCUCUGCGGAGCCCGAAAUAGACUACGAAAGACUGCCUCAAGGAGCCGCCACCGGGACUCACAUGCUGGCGGGAUCCGUGGCCGGUAUCAUGGAGCACUGCGUCAUGUACCCCAUCGACUGCGUCAAGACGCGCAUGCAGAGCCUCCACCCCGAGCCGGGGGCGCGCUACCGGAACGUGAUGGACGCCCUGCGGCAGAUCGUGCGGACGGAGGGCGUGUGGCGGCCCAUCCGGGGGGUGAACGUGCUGGCGGUGGGGGCGGGGCCUGCCCACGCGCUCUACUUCGCCUGCUACGAGAAGAUCAAGUUCUCGCUCGGCGACGCCAUCCACCCCGGCGCCAACAGCCACUUCUCCAACGGAGUGGCGGGUUGCAUGGCAACGCUGCUGCACGACGGCAUCAUGAACCCAGCUGAAGGCGCUGCACUUCAUGGCCUACGAGUCGCUGCAGGAGCAGCUGAACCCGCGGCGCCGCUACCACCCCGCCUCCCACGUGGCGGCCGGCGCGCUCGCCGGGGCGCUCGCCGCCGCCGCCACCACGCCGCUCGACGUCUGCAAGACGCUCCUCAACACGCAGGAGGCUCGGGCGGUGGCGGGCUCCGCCUCCUCCGGGCGCCACAUCUCCGGCCUCGCCCAGGCCUGCCGGACGGUGUACGGGACGGGCGGCGCCCCGGCCUUCUUCAAAGGCUUCCAGGCGCGCAUCAUCUACCAGAUGCCGUCCACCGCCAUCAGCUGGUCCGUGUACGAGUUCUUCAAGUACCUGCUCACCCAGCGGCAGCUCGGCCGCCUGAGGGCCGACUAGGAGCCGCGGGCCGCAGCGCCGCCGCUGGCCACCAGGGGGCGCACCGCCAGAAACACGACGACAGGAGAGACACGCCUCUUGUCUUCAGAGAGGAAACACUUCCUGGUUAGUCGCCUUCAGGCCGUGAGGAAACGUAUUGAUACCAUGUCAACGUAUUGAUACGAUGUCAACGUAUUGAUACGAUAUCAACGUAUUGAUACCAUGUCAACGUAUUGAUAUCAACGUAUUGAUAUCAACGUAUUGAUACCAUGUCAACGUAUUGAUGUCAACGUAUUGAUACCAUGUCAACGUAUUGAUAUCAACGUAUUGAUACCAUGUCAACGUAUUGAUACCAUGUCAACGUAUUGAUACCAUGUCAACGUAUUGAUACGAUAUCAACGUAUUGAUACCAUGUCAACGUAUUGAUAUCAACGUAUUGAUACGAUGUCAACGUAUUGAUGUCAACGUAUUGAUACCAUGUCAACAUAUUGAUACCAUGUCAACAUAUUGAUACCAUGUCAACGUAUUGAUACCAUGUCAACGUAUUGAUACCAUGUCAACGUAUUGAUACCAUGUCAACGUAUUGAUACCAUGUCAACGUAUUGAUGUCAACGUAUUGAUACCAUGUCAACGUAUUGAUACGAUAUCAACGUAUUGAUACCAUGUCAACGUAUUGAUACCAUGUCAACGUAUUGAUACGAUAUCAACGUAU